UGAAUAAAGUUAUCUAAUAACUUCUUAAAGUUAUCUAAUAACUUCUUUUAUUUAGGUAUGGGUGGGAAGAAGAAAAAUAGUAAUAUUGAAAAUGCAAGUGAAGAAGGCAAAUUAGUAUGGACACCUAUAAUGGAUGAGGCUCUUAUGGAUGCUUUCCUACAUCAACAUAAUUUGGGCAAUAGGGUAAAUGGUUCCUUUACCACCAAAGCAUAUGAAAAUAUUGUUAAUGAAUUGAAAGAAAAACUUGGGAAGGAGGUUGACAAAGAUAAAGUUAAAAAUCACAUGAAAACUUUAAAGGCAAACCUUUCAAAAUCCCAUGAUUUAUUCAAAAACCUUAGUGGUUUUUCAUGGAGCCCUGUUACCAAGCUGUGGAGUGCCAAGCCUGAAGUUUGGGAUGCAUUAAUAAAGGUUAAUAAUAAUGCUAAAGAGUGGAUGACAAAACUAGUGUUACAUUAUGAUACAUUUGUGAUACUAUUUGGAAAUGAUCGAGUUAUAGGUGAAAAGUUAGAGACUGCAAAAGAAUUAAAGAAAAAGCAAUCAUCCCAACAUGAUAAUGAGCCUCAAAAUACCAUUGAGGAAAUUGAUCAUAUAGUGUCACAGAAUCAGGUAUCUUUGGAUGGUUUUGGAACUAAUGAUGUUGAUUUUGAUCCUUUAACAUGUCUUGGAGGUCCUUCAAAUGUGCCUACUAGCUCAAAAUCGAAAAAAAUAAAGUCACAAGAAAUUGAAAAUGAAGCAAUAGGCAUUCAAGAAGCUAUCAACAAUGUAGCUCGAGCUCUAUCUGAAGGGAAUUCACAUCCUCCACUUUCAGAGGCUCAAGUUUGGAAUAUGUUGGAGGAUUUGAGACUUCACUCAGAUCAAAUACCACUACCUAUUUAUAUAUGCUUGAGCAUCCAGAUAAAUUAAGAGCAGUACUAAGAUGUUCACCUUGGAGACGCUUAGAUAUUGUUAUGAGAGUUGUUUUUGGUACUUCUUAAUCAUCAAGUUCUUGGGCACAAUUCGUAGCUUUAUUUUUUAAAUUUGACUAAUCUAAUUUGCAUCAAUUGGAAUUUAUGUUUGAAUAAUUUUUUAGGAGUUGAUUUUUCUUAGUUAUUUUAUUUUAUUAUUUAUUGGUAUCAUUGAGACUAUAUUGUAAUAAAAUUAUUUGCUUUUU